UUCGCCCAGUUACCAGCUCCGAUUGCUCGCGAACUCUCUCUCCGCUUUCCCCUCAUCGUCGUCGUCUUCUCCUCCCCUAGGCGAGCAGCGCCACCAGGUGUUCCCGCCGCUGGAGUCCCUGCAUGAGCGGCAACUCUACGCGGAGGGCGAGAUCCUCGAGGCCAAGAUCCGCCUCCUCAGCAGCGCCAACAUGGUCGACUACUACGCCAUGGACAUCCACAGGUCGCCGCUCCACGGCAACAUAGAUCUUGAGUGCAUCCUGUCCGUCAUCUGCGGCCUCGUCACCAAGGCCGGAUCCGAAGACGAGGUCCUGCAGAUCACCGAGCUCAUCUGCUCCAAGCUCACCCAGCAGCCCGACGAGAAGCCGGCGAUGCGCCUCAAAGUUCUCUUCAGCUUGUAUAAUCUGCUCCCGAACCCCUAUGGCAAGACAUUUCUUUACAAGAAGGCUUUUGAGCUCGCCACUGCCAGAAAGGCUGCCGAGUUCAUCAUCCCAUCUUUCAAGAACAUCGACAGCUUCGUUAGCGACUGAGGAAUCGGCAAUUUGGAGCAGAGAUAGCUGUUCCUCGCCGUCACCAAGAUCCUCAAAGACCGGAAGGGAUGCGGCGCGCGUUGCUCUUUACUACUUUGAAGUUCACUCCUUUCAUUUGCUUAGAAACGUUUACCUGGCGAGAUUUUGCAUGGACGCAAUUUAAUCUACUUUUUUGGUAAGAAGUCACUCGGACGAAGGAUCAGGUAUAAGGGAUUAGUCAUUUACGAGAGCAUGUAUUUUCUUGGAUUUUGGAAACACAAGAGGUGGUGCUAAGUGCUGAACAAUAUAGAAUUACACAACAGUAUCUUACUCAACUUAGAUGCAAUUUUUCGUUCUCUGAAUAAUGUAGUGCAAAACUAUGAGAUACCAGUGCCACAAUAACAGAGUUUAUCAAUGUGCUUGUAUCAGAUGAUCACUCUGAUACAAUUGGUGAUGCAAAGGAAGAGGCUGUUGCGGCGAUCAUUGAGUUUGUCAAGUCAUCUAAUCUCUUUCAGGUACUUCUCUACACCAGUUUACGUCCAUGCAAGUAUCAGUUUUGUGGCGGAAAAUCAGGGGAUAUAGUGCCUAAAACGAUUAUUUGUCCUGAACUAUUCAUUAUUGUCCCCUUCAGAAUUGCAAUAUGACAUAUUGUCGUAUUGUUCUCAUAUCAUUUAACCAAAUGUGAAUUUGGCUGAUCAGAUUCAAUUUGGUUAUUAAAAUGACACAUUACUCUCGGACAAAAGAUGCUCUAAUGUUAUCUGCUUACACCAGCGUGUGUUGGUUCUCUCAGUAUCUUCUCAGUUCUGAACUAAUGUGAUUAUAAAUUGGAAGAUUUGACAUAUUGGUAGACUUACAAGUUUUCUGCGUUGGUGCUCUCAGUAUAUUCUCAGUUCUGAACUUGAGUGAUUAUAAAUUGACAGAUUUGACAUAUUGUUAGACUUACAAGUAUUCUGCUUAGAUGGAUCAUAUAUUUUUCCAACUUGUUCCACAACUUUCCAGUUUCCACUACUCUUCCAUAAAAUAUUUAUUCCACUUAUAUAUGACACAUGGUCAUUGAAAUGGAUGUUGCCGCUUCUGAAU